CCUAGUGUAGCUACGAAGAAAAGUAAGCUAGAUCCUGAUCGUAUUCGGUGGUUUACGACAUCGAUUAAUUACCACCAAUCCAAUUGACACAUAGAGCCAGUUAUCACAAGUUUAGUUUUGCUGAUACUCAGCCCUAAACUUGGAGAAGGGAACAGAGAUUUUGAACAAUUUCUGGUGACGGAGAGAGCUCAAGUUCUGUGAAAUCGACAGGAGUUCGCUCAGAAUCAAUCAAAGAUAUCUCGAACUUUCCAAGAAAAUAUUUUAUGAACGUUGACUUUACGAUGCAGGGAAUUUUAUAGCAAAAAUGUAUAAUGGAUUGGAUAAGCCGUUAUUUGGCGAGGCAAGACCAAAGGAUCGCUACUUUAAUUAUGUCGUCGGAGCAGUCACGGUCAUAUUAGUCUGUGAGACCUUGAUAAGCUCUUUGGUGUUCCCGCAAUUCCCACCCAAAGCAAUCAAUGUCUUCCUUGCUUCUAUUAUCUCAAUGAUAUGCAUAUCAGAACUCACUCUGAUUUAUUGGUACAGACAAGGAGAUGUUGAUCCAAAGUUUCGAAAGCUAAUCUACUUCAACUCAUUCACAACUAUUUUGCUGUGUAUAUGUGCAAAUGUGUACUAUCACAAAAAAUAAUAAAUGCUACAACUAAGGAGAUAUUCAAAUGUGCGAAUUUCCAAACAUCUAAUCAACAAAAUAAGCUAUUUAUUUUUGGAAACUUACAAUUCAAUACGUUGCAUCUCUUUCUACUUCUCAAAUUUUUAAUAUUUGUGUACAAUAAAACUGUGAUGUUGUAAUAAAAGUAAUCGAAUAUUAAAUAAUUUUUCUAAGAAAUUUUGUUCCUAGCAAUAAAGUUGUGCUCCUGGAAUGAACUUUUAAAAAGUGUUGCCAAACCAUUAUCAAUAAUGCAUUACACCAUUUACCACUGUGACAAUUCUAAUUUCUUAGUGUGUGAUUAGCUGAAGCAAGUGAAAGAUUUUGGACAAUGCUUCUUCAUGGUAAUCAUUGAUCUCUAGUAAAUUGUAGGGUUAGUCAAGGUGAAAAACAAUUUAUUGUAUUACUAAUGCUUGCUUUGCAAUGUGUACGUACUUUGAAAAUUUCUGACUUUUUUGUUGAUGGUACUGCUUCUUUUACUCAACACUUAACCUUAAGUUGCAUUAGUGUUGUACUCAGAUUUAGCCAUUUGCUUAUAAAAAAAGAAUUACUAGUAUUUCUAUACAAUUAUGUCAAAGUGUAACUUUUUGCCUCGGACAAUAGGUGAAAUUUGAGAAAUUCAACUCUCCUGUUUAGUCUUUGACAUCUUAGCUGGAUAAUAUAAACAGUAUUUUGGCUGAUUGAGAUUGAAGAAACAAAGCUUAGGUCAAAAUCCAUGACAUAUGGAAGAUAAGUCAAAAUGUUUUUUGAUAGUUUUGUUCUUCUGUUUGGUCAUAGUUAAUAAAUUUAAGAUGAAGUUUUAAGUAGAUCAGUGGUGAAUUUACCACAGCAGGGAUUUGUAUUUUGAAAGCCUGCUCUGAAAAGUUAGGGAUUUGUAUUCAGUAACUGCAAACGUUUAACCUUUUAAUUCCCAGAUCAAAUUUGUAAUUCUCCUUACUGUCAGCCUCACAAUUCUUAUGUUAGUUCAGAGAAUUUAGUAUUGGAUCAGCUUAUUAUCCCCAUAUUGAUAUUUUCCUUUAUUCUCAUCACCUAACUGGUUGAUAUUGUAUUGAUAUUGUAGGGAGAAAUUCUGUCCUGAUCACUCAUAGGAGUGAAAGGGUGAAGUUUAAAAUACUACUUUUGAACUAGAAUAGCAAAGAGAUGUAUCUUUGGCCAUUCUGUACAUUUUUUUUAAACAAGAGAUCUUUAUACAGACCAACACAGACAAAAUCUAUGCACAGACAUUAUUUUAAACUUUGUUGGUGGAAAUAAAGUUGUCAAAGAAUUGAAUAUCA